AUGGCUUCAGGCUAUCUAUCGAUACUCCUUUUGGUCGCCGCUCUCGCUUCGGCAGCUCCCCUUCAGCCCACCUUUUCUUCCUGCGAGUCGUACUACUCUCCGGCGGCGGGCAUCAACCGCCUGAAUGUCUCGAGUAUCUAUGCCAAUCUCGUCUCUGGAUCUCGAGCGGCACAGCUAGGCCUGGCAGGCGAGGGAUCGGAUGUACUGAGGCUGGACCUCAUAGGGGAGGUGGGAUCACAGGUGCUGGGGUUUGACGAGAGCACGAACAAGCUGGCCACACUGUUCACAGACACAAGUGUCGGCGGCAUCUCCGUCUACAAGUCUACCUCAUGGGUCUGCAACUCGCUCUUCCCCGCUACUCUUCCUACUCCCUACACACCCAAUACGACCUACUGCCCCCUCUCUGCCGGACCCUUCGGCAUCAACAUCUCCAUUCCUCUGUACCGGAACUACGCCCUGACCACGCUAUCCACCCAGAUCCGAGUCGUCGACACCUCACUUUCGGCCAACACGCUGGCAUGCAUCAACGUCUCAUUCACUCCGUACGACAGGGACGGGUGGUACUACGACUUGUUACUCUGGCUGCCCGCAACCUUGGCCAUUGGAUUCUGGUUGACGAGCUGGGGAGCGAGAUUUGCGGCGGGGUGGGUGGUAGGAAGUGGAGUGGCCGAGUAUGGGGUGAAGGAUCAACAAGGAGAGACCAGGGGGAAAGAGCUCGAUAAGGCGGGAAGGAGGGAUGCGAGGAUGCGGAAAUGGGGGACGAUGUUGGUCAGUGGGUUGAGCGGGGAGAGGUUGAGUGUCAGCUCGGCGUUAUUGAGAUUUGUAACGCCGGGACUGAGGGAUAUCAUCUUCCAUAUCCAAUUCUGCACGAUACUGGUCAUGAUAGCUGUGAACUGGCCUGGAUUUGCUUAUCCUAUCGUGGCUAGACUAGCAUGGGCGGACCUAGUCUGGAACUCCACCAUCAUCGCCGGAUCUUCACCUCGCAUCAUCACUUACCCAACCGAGACCACCCUUCCCUCCGCAUUUUCCUCCCAAAUGUCCAACGACUUGUACCCUCUAUACCUCGACACCAACACCUUCAACCCCUUGCUCAACCUCGGCACGGCCUCCCCUGGCCUCGAGAGCUUCGCCAGCGCCGUCGGCCUCCGUCCUCAAGACAUCUUUGGAACAUGCCUUGCCAUCUUUCUCAUCAUCGCCGCUGCGGUCAUCAUCAUCUCGAUCUUGAUCUGGACAAUCCACGCCACGGCCGAGACGCUUGCCCCGGAACGUAAGCGUACUACGCCCGUCGCGGCCAAGCGGCAGAGCUACGGUACGGUCAGUAGUCCCGGGACGUCUAUCGCCGGAGAUAAGCUCUAUGACGGCAACAAGUCCGCUCCGCCCACUCCUGGCUUUGAGCGGGAAAUGGGCCAACUACCCAUCGCAAAUUCUCAGGAGCAUCCCACGCGUAAGGGCCCAAGUCGUUUCCGGAAAGCAUGGUUCCGGUUCAAGCCCAAAGGCGAAGCGGGCGCAUUCCACGCUGCGGCCCUGUACGGCAACCUCCUCCGCCUCAUCCUUAUCUUUCACCUCCCUGUCACCGUCUUUAGCACCUACCAGCUCGUCCUCGGGUCCCGGGCAUCGGUCGUCUCGCGCGUAUUCGCCGCGCUGGCGCUAAUAUUCAUCUCCAUCUUGAUUCCCGCGGGGGUCAUGUGGAAAGUCUACCGCACGCCCAGUGGGAAGCUGUACGAUGCCACCCGGACGCUGUUGGCCAUGGGCACAAUGUACAACCACUACGUGAUGGACAAGCAGCUCUUCCGGGUCUGUCCGCUCGUGGCGAGUCUGGUGGUCGGCGUGGUGAUCGGUGCGGGGCAGGGAAGCGGGAUCGCUCAGGCGGUGAUUUUGAUCGUGGUGGAGUUGAUCAUGCUCGUGGUACCGGCGGUAUGGUACCCUUGGGGCGAAGGGGCGAGUAUGGGCGCCCCGAGCGUCUUUAAGGGGGUCUUCAGAGUGAUCAGUGCUCUGCUGGUCAUGCUUCUCAGUCCGGUCUUCGGCAUGACCGAGGCCGCCCGGACUUGGCUCGCCUAUACCGCUCUCAUCCUCAACGCGAUCGUCUUCCUCUUCUUCGUCUUUAUGCUCCUCACCAAGCUCCUCGAGGGUCUCAUCCGCCUUAUCGGCGGCGCUCAUUUCGACGAGUCCACCCACCCGCUCGACGGCGGCAUCUUUGCGGCUAUAGCGGACCUCGAUUGCCUCAACGGCGUCACCGGCGGGAAAGCCGCCGCUCGGAAACGCCGCAAGCGGGGAUCGAGGCAGUUACAGCGGAACGUCUCGGCCGCAGGGGGACUGACGACGCAGAGGAUGCUCGACAAGUACUCGGAAGGCGUCAUGAGGCCCGAACCGGGUAGUCCGAGCUAUGAUGCCGGAUCAGCGGGGUUCAGUCCUUAUCCGCGCAUGAGCGAUGGGUACUUUCCGACCGUGGGCAGUGGUGGCGGACAGCCACCGCUCGGACCGCCGCCGAUGGAGAGGCACAGCUCGGACCGGACGGAAGAGGCCGGCGGUGGGAAUAUCAUGGACGCGUGGCGGACGCGGUCGAAUGAGGGGUAUAACACUCCGGGGAGCUAUGCGCCGACUGUCUCUCCCGGGAUAUGGCCUACGGGACAGCGUCUAUCUCCACCGGCCGGUAACGUGUCUUACGGCUAUGCGACAGGACCGGGGCACCGGACUUCGCCUCCUCCCGAAGCAUUCGGACGGAGCUUCUCAGUCGUCAGAGGCAGCAAGGCCGAUAUGGACCAUCCGUACGAUGUCCGCCGGAUGUCGGCGGGCGGUAUGGGCAUGGACAUGGGCGAAUUUGGCCGAUCGCUCUCCCCUCCGCCCGUCCGGGUCGCGCGCGCCCCGAUGCCCAGUCGACCGAUGCACCAGCGGGAAUACUCGAGUCCGGUCAUUAUCGAGAGCUUUGACGCUAUUACUCCCGGCUUGAACGGCUCGGCGGGCGGUCCUUCGCAGUCUCGGUCUCGCCCUACGAGCGGGAUAUACUCCACCUUCCCCUCUGCCGGUGCCGGAGGAAACAAGCGGCAUUCGGGCGGAACGGCAAUGGAGGCGGUGGAGCUUGUCCCGCUCCGUCCGCCAGAGAUGACUAUUCCGAAACGUCGGUCACUCAACGAUCUCAAGCAUGAGCACGACUCGGCGGGGUCGGGCGAUGAGUCCGACUCGUACGGAGGCAAGGGGAAGGGGAAAGGGAAGGGUCGAGCGGGGACGAAAGGGAGAGGAAAGAGACAGUGGUUCUCCCGUACAGCGGCGGAUGAGGAUGAGACGGAGGAAUCGGAUGAUGAGCCCGGACCGGAUCGAUCGAGGUUGUCGUCCUCGCGGACGGGCACGGGGAGGAGGGGAUCGGGACUGGUCAACGGCGGAGAUGGUGCUGGAGGGGAGGAUGGCGGCAAGAAAGGUUGGAAGUCCCGCUUGGGUAUAGGGAGGCGGAAGGGGGAUGAGUUGGACGAAGAGGCCAAAGAUGAGAAUAAGGCGAGGAAGGAUGCGUUGGCGAAUGAGUCGGGCGCGUUGUUUGCGGGCGUGGAGUCGCCUGCUAAGCGGAGGAAGGAGGACAAGGCGCAGGCUCAGGCUCAGGCGGCGGCAGCGAGCAGGAUGAGCCAGGCUGGGCCGAGUGGGAGCGGAGAGGGAAAGAAGGGGUUCGUCGUUCUUCGAAAAGGCCCCAUCUCACCUUCGCCAUCGUCGCAGCCUAGGUAUGACUUGCAGUCGUUCGCGGAUCCGAUCGCCCAAUCUCGGCCCGGACCCAGCUCUACUGUUGACGCCAGUGGAGAAACGACCAGGUCGUUCCGCGUCAAAAGGAUGACCAGGCCGACGCCCACUUCAGCGAAUCAGGCGGAUUUGCCAGUCAGCACCCAUCCCUCCCCGCAAGACUUCGCGUCGGGGACGACAGACAAGUCGGUAUACCCUACUCCGCCUGUCCCGGCGGACCGGACGGGGGCUACGAACGCAUCUGGGAACGUAGCAAGUGGUGCUGCUGCGGAACCGCCAAGGAGCUUUAGGGUCAUUCGGAAGACGCCAGCAGCACAGCCUGGAGGAAGGGAGAGUAGGCCGCCAGUUCUGGAUGUUCCUGUAGUCGCAGAUGAGGGUGGGGGCGGGUACUCUUCAGACGCGUUCAAGCCUUACGGGUCGACGAGGUGA